CUGCCCCUCACCCGAGUCCACCGUCAUCUGCUCCAUCCAACGUGCCUGGCUCGCCAGGGCGGCAUGGAACCAAGCCGCGCUCGGCCAGUGCAUCCGAGCAGCCCGCACCCAGCCUUCCCAGCGCGCGGUCCACCGCGAACAAGCGACACUCGGAUUUGGCAGAGCACCCUCGACUUCCGAUCGUCUCCAUUCGGGCACCGUCCGAAGCCUUGUUGGAGAGUGUCAAUGUGCCCCCUUCGUUGCACAAUUACAGUGACCACGCUCUUGCUGUCCGUCCGGCCGAGUCGAGUCCUGGCCAGCGAUACCGCCGCAACAGCUCCGACUCUGGCUCUGCACCUCGACGGGCUGUGACGGCAACGUCCUCGUCUUCCUCAACCAAUGCUUCGUCGCUUGUAUCUGGAGUCAACUCACGGCACCCUUCGUCAGGAAUGGUGCAGUUUGUGCGUCCCGCACAGAUCGAGCAGGCGACUCUCCACGCCAAACUCGUGGCUGGUGACGAGCUGCACUCGUUUUCGUUUGCGUCCAUCUCUUCCUUCCGCGCGCGUACCUUCUCCAGUAGCGGCCAGCAGCAAGUGCUUUUGCCUGUUGCUCCGCCAUCGGCCCCUCCUCAGCUUGGCUCUGGUCCGAGGUACAAUGUGGCUCUCGACACUUCGUCGUCCUCCGACUCGACCGCUCCUUCUGUGGCCGUCAACACGUCUCGCUCAUCAGGCACAUCGAUUCCGUCGUUUGAAAUGUUCGCCUCCACCUUCUCCGAGCGCGAGCAGCAGUCGCUCAUGGGCGCGUCCAGCCCGUUUGUGCUCGGUCGCAGCUCCCGCGCUGGCUCCCGACCUUCUUCUCGACCUGCGAGCUUUAGCCUGGUGGAAACAGGCGGGGCCUCGACCGCCGAUGGCGCUGCCCAGGUUCGCCAGCUGCAUCGCGUUUCGUCCGCCCUUUUGAACUCGCCGCUCGCUGGCGUGAGUAACACCGGCAGCUCCGGGGCUGGCGCAUCUGCAACCUCCCUGCCAGCCAUCACUCACAGUCAAGGCGGUAAGGUCAUCAUCAUGAUGGACAGCCAGACCGUGAUUGUGAUGGCAAAUGAUCGCGCCUGCAAGCUCUUUGGCUACGGCCGCCGGCAGUUUAUUGGCCAACCUCUUGUCUCGAUGCUUGCCUCAACCGAAAGCGCGCGUUUCAACAAGCUGGUCGCCAAGGCAGAAUCCCAUAGAUUGGAUAUCAUUUCGAGUGGCAAGGUACUGGACGCGGUAGAUGCGCAAGGCAAAGUGUUCCCAGUGUCCUUGUGGAUGAAGCGCGUCGAAGCAACGGGCCAAAAGGCACGGUUUGUGGCCGUGCUCGAGCCGGUUGAGCGCAUCACGGCGACUGCCGUCCUCGAUUACCGUGGGCGGUUUAUCUCGGCCGACCAGCAGUUCCUCUCGAUUUUUGGCAGUCCCUUGGAGGAGCUGGCCGCCAUGCAUGCUGACAGCCUCAUCCCGCAGCUCGCCUUCCCUCUCCCUUCCAUGCUGCCCCCGGAUGUGAUCUUCCCUCUCGGAUCGCCGUCCGCUCACUCGUUGAGCGGGUCGCAGGUUGGCUUGUCUUCGCGCUCGAGCUCAGUCUCCACCAUCCCUAUUCUCUCCGCCGCAUCCAGCCACACGCAAUUGAACGAAGUGCAUCUGACUCCUCCCCGUCACUCGCGCCUCCAAGAAGGAUCUGCUUUGCUCGCACAGGACGACGCCAUUGAGUCUGCCAGCGUGCCGCUCACACCGCUCACCCCGUUGCCUGCCGCGACUGCCGACCCACUGUCCACCACCGCGUCCAAUUCUCCCGCGCCGUCGUCCCCUGCACCGCUCAAGACAAAGUUUGACGCCAUGGAAGAUCUUUCGAGUAUCAGCCCCGUCAGCAGCCCAAAGCCCAAGGGAGGCUUGCUCCGAGGUUCAAAAUCCGCCUCUCAGCCCUCCUUGAUGGCGGUGCACGCUCAGGCAUCAGCUGAGGCGCUGCUCAAAAGCACUCAGGCUGCAGCCACUCCACCAGCUGCGGACUCGGCAGCGAGCAGCGGAGCGUCUUCAACGGCAUCCCUGCCACCUACGGGGGCGGCGGCGGCAGGCAGCGAUCGCCAGGCUACUACUGCUGCGCCUCGCCAAGUGUCUCGCCAGUCCAGCUCGUCCCAGCUUUCGCGCCGCUUGCAUCAGGAACCUUCUGCGAGCAACGAUUCCGAGGCAACCAGCACUUCGCUCUCCUCUUCUGUCGAAUCCAAUUCUGGAGUUACUCCGGCAAUGCGCAAGUAUCUCGAGUCUCGCGCCUCGAUGGAAUCGCUCGACAUUCCAGCCUCGUUUGUCAAGUCGGUCGAAUUUUCGUCCAGCGGCUCGUCGGGGAUGCCCGAGUCGUCGUUUACCUCUGCGGCACUGACCCACUUGCUUGCAGAGGGCGCGACCACGAAAGGCCCGGACGGCAAGCCAUCGGACACCACAUCCGACGCCACUUCUGGCGCACGCACGACGGGCGCCUUGCAGCAGCAACCACAGCAGCCAACUCUCAGGAAGAUGAUGAAGCAUAGUCCCGGCGCGUCGUCGGGUGAAAAGUUGCUGCACUCGAGUGCGCCAACCCUACCAACUCCCGUUCCGGAAGUGCAUUUGCCCGACCUGCCUCCCACGCUCGACUAUGAAGCCCGCACCUUCCACAGCGCCGAGCUCGGCAAGCGCCAGCACAUUGCUGCAUACACCCGAGAUGGCACUGUCUUCCCUCUGAUGGCCACGAUCGGUCUCGACCCCGGCGCCUUCCAGCUCCAGGACGCCUUGCUGGACGACCCGAGCGGCGUCGGACCGACUGGCACGCUGACGGCAUCCAGCUUGCAGAAAAUGUGGGAGCCCCACCCAUUCUUUACCCUCACCGUGAAUGUUUUCACCAACCUCAGCGGUAUGGUGUGUUUCGAUGCCUUUGGAACCAUCCAGUCGUGCAAUCACAUGUUUGUGCGACUCAUGUUUGGCUACUCGCGCGCCGAGCUCGUUGGCAAGCCCCUGAGCGUGCUCAUGCCUGAUUUGGUGUACUCGCUUACGCCAUUGAACGAUCUUUCUGGUCGCUCCCAGACUGCACCGACACCAUCCAGCGCGGCGCAGCACGCAGCAGGCCCGGACUCGGACGAUUCGCACUCUGCUUCCUCCCAAACAAGCUCCAUUCGGCGAUCCGGUCGCGGCCCAUCGCAGUCUGCACGAACUUCCGAGAUUGAUAUGGAGAGCAUUCUGGUGUCCACUACGAUGACACCAGGGCGGCGAUUUGGCGCCCGACCGACGAGCCAAUUGACCGACGAACUGGAUAUGGCCCCGUCCGACAUUUUGGACGACAGCGACGAUGGCUCGGCUGUUGCCCAUCCGUUGACUCUGCCAGAAGGCACCUUCCGCGUCACGGCAAGCCACAAGGACGGACAGUCCAUGCCCUUGCUCAUGCAAAUCAAACGCGUCAUUCUCGACGACGAUUCCACAUUGUAUUGUUCCUGGAUUAUGAAUGAGCUUCCAUGGGUUGCCGCCUCGUCUUCCGCGUUUGCCGGCGCUCAUACGGGCGCUUCGGACGCUGCCCCAUCAGAAAUGCUCCAACGGGCCGCCUCUUCCACGCUCUUGCGGCCCGACUCUCCAGCGCUGUCUGGGCGGCCGGCCCCGACUGAGGCAAUGCUGUUGCACAGUGCCAGCGCAAGCGAUCUCAUCCGCUCGAUCGCAGCCGCCGCAGCAACAGUUCGGACCCCGCCGAAUGGCUCGGGCUCGUCGUCCUUGUCGGCGUCGCUGUCUUCGCUGCCCACCACAGCGACUGCAGCCGCAUCGUCCGUUGCCCCAACCUGGCGAUCGCUUGGACCGAGCCAAUUUGGCAGUCUUGCAAGCGUGAGCAGCGGCUCUGGCGGCGCGUCCAUGUCGGCCUCGAACAGUUCCCUCCAAAGCCAACACCCAAGUCCCGCCAGCAGCUCUCGCAUUAUCUACGGCGGAUCCGUCAACAACCUCGAAACAGUCGGCGCUUACCAACAAGUCGGCGUCACCAAGCUUGUUCAAGUAUGCGUCUCCACCACCGGCACCCACCUCUGGUGGCCUGAUGCGCCCCUCGGCAUCCUUGAACGCCAUUCCGUCGUCGGUGAAGGCGUCCGUUUCUCCCGCGCUCUUUGCGACCGACAGUGCUGAUAGCCUGCUGUCCAGCACCAAUGUUCUCUUGUCCAAUGCCCGCAACAAGCGAGAAAGCGUGCUGAGCGCUGGUUCGCGCAACAGCUCCUCCUCGUCGUCGUCCUCGAUUCAAAGCGCAACCAGCCACCCAAGCAUUCCCAGCAGCGCUUCGACGAGCGUCAAGGGCUCGCUUUCGUCCGUGACUUCCACAAGCGCGACAUUGCUCUCACAGCAAAAUCAGCAGCAGCAGCAGCAGAUGUCGGGUCUAGACCUGUCGCCAGAGGCCACCAGCCAUCGCGACGGGAGCGCCUCCCCUCAAUCCGCUGGGCUAUCGCCAAUGGCAGUUGCGCGCACCGCCAGCUAUCCGAGCUCGCCCUCUCCUGCCAGCCGACGUUUGCAACCGAGUGAGCGUCAAGGGGUCAUUGAACAACAGCUCAGCCACACCCUUUCCCGCCAGUCCUCGGGCGAGUUGGUCAUCCCCA